AUGUCGUCGACUUGCUUCCCAGACCCCGCAGUAAAUGAGGACACCUGGUUAACCUCCAGUACUGGAACCAUCGUAAACAUUGCGCCUGCUGUGGACGAUUCUACCGUCGAGCCGUUGAUUAAAGCGCUAGCUGCCAAGUUACAGCCACGCAAUGUCCAGGUGAAUUGCGUGUUGCUGCCGCCGUCUGUCGACACUGUAGUCGUUGAUGACACAGCUGCGCUGUCGCAUACGAUUUUGUUUCUGUUGUCGCCAGCCAGUCGACUACUGACAGGCAGCGUGCUACGAAUCCAACAGGACAAGACGUCGACGCAAGCUGCAGAGAAGAGAAAAGAGGAGUCCGCCACGGAGCGCGUCGCUGAUGUAAUCAACUCGCAUUCAAUUUAA